AUGCCCAAGGGUGAUCACGAUAGGGCUAGAAAUAAGUUUAGCGAGUGGAUGAAGUACAUACCGGAUAACUACAGCAUCGCACAACUUACUCUUCCCGGCACCCACGAUAGCCAUGCUACCAAAGAGAACACACCAGAACUAAUGCAUCUCUUCACCGUCUGUCAAUUUCACAGCGUUACGCGUCAACUGGAGCUCGGUGUCCGGUACCUUGACCUGCGGGUAGACGAUCCCAGCCUUUCCAUGGUUCACGGAUACAUCACACUGUCAGGCAAUUUGUCUGAUAUGCUCGGAGAAAUAAGAGAGUUUCUUCGUACUCCCUCGAGUGAAACUGUGCUUGUGAGCAUCAAAUGGGACGAUCUCAAAAGCACUCAUGACCAGAGCCUCCGCCACUUUGCCUGGAAUGCAUGGGAGACAAGCGACUGGUAUAAGCAAAAGACGUGGCCAAAUCUCAAGACAGCUCAGGGCAAAGCCAUCCUCCUUCGUCGCUUUGAAUCCGAAGGCAAAGAUGAAAUCGGGAUAGACUGUAUGGGCUUUUGUGGCUCAAAAUCAGCCGGUGACAAAGCAGUAGCCCCACGGCUACAAACGGAUAAUCCAGCAGAGGCUGGAAUCCCAUUUGAAAGCUGGUGGGAUAGAGCCCUUCUCAAUAUGAACCAUUCAAGGAACCAGCCAUCUUCCGACGGCAUCCUUUACAUCAGCAAUCCAGCGGACACUAGGAUACGGAAGGGAGAAAAUCCUCCAAUUGCCUCUGCCGCCAAUGUAAAUUGGCGGCUUUGGAAUCCCUCGUGGAAAGGGAAUGGCUCUGUUGUUGCCGACUUUUCCAGCACCAAAGAAGCUGUAAAAAUAUUCAUUCAAACGGAUGGGGACCUCGUUGUAUACGCCAAAAAUGGGGCGGAUGCCAGGUGGGCCUCUAUGAUGAACAUGGCUCAGGCAGACAAAAAGAGGCUAUCUUUCCAAGACGAUGGCAAUCUCGUGAUUUACGAAAAUGGCGAUGGUCGAUGGAGCUUGGAUAGAUUCGCGUGCAAUUCCAAGCUCAGGGUCAUGCAUGGUCCGCUAUUCUUCACGGUCGACUCGGACUUUUGA